AUGUGGCAGGACAAUGACCAUUUGUGCUUUGUACUGAAUGACAGUUUAAAGAAAGUGAUCGGCUUAAAUUCUCAUCAAAAUUUAUUAAGGAGAAAAAUAGAAAAUGUCCAAAAUAAUAUCUAUCUGAGCAAGGACUCGCCUGUUAUCAAAAUAGAGAGUUCUGCGGAAGGUUUUCGAAUGUUGCCCAAUGAUAUUGAUCAUAUGUUUAUUGAUAAGAAUGUUCAAGUGUCCGAAAAGGGGAUAUAUUCUUCGUCAAGAACUUGUCAAGUUAGGAUGGAGAAAUCUAAGCCUCAUCAACCCGGAUAUGUUAAGCUUAAUUUACUUACGCCUGACAGAGCAAACCGACACCUUAGACAGUCAGCUUGUGCUAUGGAUGGAGCAAUAUACAUUUCAAGUGAUUUAUAUGUAAAACUACAUCUUGGAGAAAACGAAGAACAACAUGGACCUAGUUUAAAGAAAUUGUUGGAAAAUGGCACCGAAUUGGACGAAGUUCAUUGUCUUUAUUGUGUUCAUUGGCCAUCCGAUGCCGAGGAGUGGUACUUCAGAAAAAGAUCACACGGAUGGCCAGACACAAAUAGUAUUCAGACAAUAUAUAAUAAUGGGUGUCAUGUAGUUCCUAUUGGCUCCAAAUCUAUUGAUAGAUAUGGUAACUGGUCGGUGGAUCCAUUUAUUUGGCGACUGUCUUUUUCUAUGGCGGAAAAACAUUUAGUGUACACAAUGAACGAUACCCAGCUUCUUGUUUAUGGAACUUUUAAACUUCUUUUAAAAGAAGCGUUUGAAAACAAUUGCGACACUUUGUGUUCAUAUUUCAUGAAGACGCUUGUCUUCUGGAGCAUUGAAGAGUCACCUUCAGCCCUUUGGCACCCUCUUCGGCUAGUUUCCUGCAUUGAAGUUUGUUUGAAGAGGUUAAUAUCCUGGGUUUCAAAAGGUUUUUGUCCGAACUAUUUUGUGAGAGAAAACAAUAUGUUUUAUGGACGUUUGGAUGAGAAAGAACAGUGUGUCCUUAUCAAUCACUUGUUUGAACUUUAUGCGCAAGGCUGGAGAUGCUUAUUAAGGUGUCCAUCAAUGAAACCUUUUGAAGAUGCACUUCAAAAUACAAACAUACAGAUUCCCCAGAUGUCAAAUGAUUAUCUAAACACUAGAGAAAGUAAUUUUAUCUUACCUGAAUUCAACGAAGAAUCCAGUGCAGAUCAUGAGGAGGAAGUCGACGUUAGUUUCUUUACUGGCUUAGAAAACGACGUCAUUAAUUUUUCUGAUAUAACAGGUCUGAAAACUAUGUUUUUUAAGACAGUUGUAAAUUUUAUCAACGAAGAAAGAGAUCGUUCAGAUAUUGACAUUAUUACAUUGUCUCAACAAAAGUGUCUACAACGCAUAGCACUCUUUUCCUUAGACGAAACUUUGCGUGAAUCAAGGUGUGCACGUUUUAAAUAUCGUCAAAUCCGACGAGCGCUUAGUCUGCUAAACUACACGUGUCGCGCUGACAUCAGCAGAGGAAGACUGUCCUUAGCAACAGCUUAUUACUGCCUUGGAAACUAUUCAAAAGCUUUAAAGAAUAUAAAACAGUAUGAAGACAUUCUUCACCACAGAUCUGGGGUGCUGUAUGUGAGUUCAAAAUAUCCAACAAAAGUAGACGAUGGUUACAAGAAGAAUUUCUGUUCCCGAGCUUUAACUAGAAUAGAGAGAGCCUCUUUAGCGGUGUCGUAUGAUUUCCAUGUCUAUCAAAACAGGCCAAUCAUACCCAAGGAAAUUGCACUCGAAAUAUUACUGGUCAAAACACAAACCUUUUUUUUGUCUAUUCCUCCUCGUCAUUAUUCUCUUUUUCUAAAAGCGCUAUGUUUUGCAAAGAAGGGUGACAAAAAAAAAUGUGAAACGUGA